GGUUUUAUCGAUGACGUCAUCUCGGUUCUAUUUUUAAAUCCGGGGAAGUCUGGCCGUCAAUCGGCCAUUUCCGUUCGGCGCCAUGUGACUGAAACGGAAGUCUGCUGUCGUCUGUUUACUAACAAACCAUGGGUAAAGUGUGCGUAGUGUUAGGUUGCCGAAAUCGAGAUAGUCACAAACAGCCAGGAAUCAAAUUCCACAGGAUUCCAAAAGAUGAAGAAAGAAAACAGCUUUGGAUAAAGGCAAUAAACCGAAGGGACCCUUUAACAGGAAAAGUUUGGAUAUCUGGUGACGAGGGAGCCAGAGUGUGCAGUGAACAUUUCAUUGAUGAUAUAAAAGAGCUGUUAAAAGAACUGCUGAUCAAAAGGAGAGAGAAUGCAGAAUGCAGUUGGACUUUUUGAUGACAGCUGAUGGCAAAGAAAAUGAUCAUCUGCCAUUACAAGACUUAGACUGCAAUGUAGACAUGGAAGACAAAAAUGGUAAAGGAGAAUAUGAAAAUUGCAGUAUAUUAUUAAAAAAUGCCAUAAGUGAAAACAAAAUCCUAAUAGAUCAACUUCAACAACUGCAGUUAGAAAAAAAUGUUUUAAAUAAUAAACCACCUUAUAUGAGGGCUUCUAGUCUAUCCCUGGAGAAAACAGAAGAAACAACAAAAUUUUAUACCGGAUUGCCAUCUUAUACAUGUUUUAUUUGGUUGGUGAACUUUGUGACCUGUAUUUUACCUUCUUCCAAUAUUUUGAGUUCAGCAGACAUUCUUCUUUUGGUUUUAAUGAAAUUACGUUUAAAUUCUCCACAUACUGACAUCUCAUUUCGUUUUGGAGUUUCUCUUAGUUUAGUUACCAAUUUAAUUGACAGUGUCAUCCCUCAAUUAGCCCACAAAUUAAAAUGGUUGAUUCAUUGGCCAAAUAAAGAUGAUAUUUUACGCUCUAGACCAGACUGCUUUAAGGAGGCCUUUCCCAGAUGUGUUUCUGUUAUUGACUGUACAGAAGUUUAUAUAGAGACUCCAUCAAAUUUUACAGCCAGAUCUUGUACUUACAGUAACUAUAAGCACCACAAUACAAUUAAGUUUUUAGUCAGUAUUGUUCCGUGUGGAAGUAUUUCUUUUGUUUCACGUGCAUUUGGGGGGAGGACUUCAGAUAAAUUGAUUUCUCUUAAAUCCGGUUACCUUGACUUUAUACAUCAUGGUGAUGUUGUCCUAGCAGACCGUGGCUUUCUUAUUAAAGACGAAUUAGCAUCAAGAGGGGCUGAAUUAAUUAUACCAUCAUUUGUAAAGGGAAAAGACCAGCUAAGUGCCUUUGAAGUGGAAAGAAGCCGAAAUAUUGCACAUGUAAGAAUUCAUGUUGAAAGAGAAAUGGAACGACUGAAAAAUUUCCGUAUUUUGUCUGGAAAGAUGUCAUUGAAUAUGGUGCCACAUUCUGACAGUAUCAUGACAAUUUGCUCUGCUAUUAUAAAUAUGCACCCUAAUAUUGUUCAAUAACAGAUUAACACAUUUCCCUUGAUUAUAGGUAAGGCCAUUGAAAAUUUAAUAUUGGUUUCCCCUAACACAAGAAAAUUUUAAAAGGUCAGCAGGCAAGAAAAACUUUAUUUUUCUAUUAUUGUAGUUCGAAAUAUCUACCAGACUACAAGAAAAAUGUUGACAUCAUAUCUGAUCUAUAUUGUGAUGUCACCUACUUUAAACUUGAAGAAUGAUAAAUAAAACAUUAUUUUGAGAAAUGGUCAGACAAGGAUCAUUUAUAGUUUAAGAGCAAGUAUUACUGGAGGGUGAAAACAGACCCAACAGACUUUAGGUAAACCAACAAUCUUUUUUCCAUGGCCUUAAAAUUACUAAUUUUUAUAUCUCAUCAUGUACAUAACAACAUGUUUCUUGUUGUUUUGUCUAGCCAACAUUGACUUUUAAAACAAAUUCAAUUUUUGAUAUCUGUAUUCAAAUUCAAGAAGUUAUUGUAACAAAAAUUGCUGAGGCAUCACCGAAAGAUA